CCCCUCGGCCCCCAGGUACAGCCCUCACCUUCGCCAAGGUGAGCUGGGGCUCGGCCGCCGUGCUGCCGUCAGCUCGGCCCUGCGGCUCUGCAGAGAGGAGGCCCACGGGCACAGUGCUGCAUCCAGGCAAGGAGGUGACAGGAGAUGCAUGUCUGCCUGCUCUGAUCUGGAGCUGCUUUGGGCUGUGGUGGGGGUUCGUGGAUCCCCGCUUGGCACCCACCUGCCGUGCAGGAUGGGUGCUGCAGUGCCAGCAGCUGCCUGCAUCCUGCUGGCUCUGCUGCCUGUGGGCCGUGCCCAGAGCACCCCUCCAUCAGGAUGCAGCCAGGACCUCUCCUCGCUCUAUUACAACCUCUGUGACCUGUCAGCAGCAUGGGGCAUCGUGCUGGAGGCCGCGGCCAGCCUGGGUGCCGUGACCAGCUUCGUGCUCACCAUCGUGCUGGUGGCCAGCCUGCCCUUUGUGGAGGACCCCCAGAAGAAGAGCCUGGUGGCCACGCAGGCCUUCUUCUUGCUGGGCACCUUCGGGCUCUUCUGCCUGACGUUUGACUUCAUCGUGGGGCCGGAUUUCUCCACCUGCACCUCUCGCCGCUUUCUGUUCGGUGUCCUCUUCGCACUCUGCUUCUCCUGCCUGCUGGCACACGCCGUGGCCCUCAACUUCUUGGCGCGGAGGAACCGUGGCCCGCGAGGCUGGGUGACGCUGGCGGUGGCUCUGCUCCUGGCGCUGGUGGAGGUCAUCAUCAACGCCGAGUGGCUCAUCAUCACGGUGGCCCGGCAGGAGGGUGGACCCACGGACCCCUGCGGGCUGGCGGAUGCUGAUUUCGUCAUGGCGCUCAUCUAUGUCAUGGUGCUGCUGGUGGCUGCCUUUGGCACCGCCUGGCCGGCUCUCUGCGGCCGCUACACGCGCUGGAGGAAGCACGGCGCCUUCAUCUUGGCCACCUCCGGGCUCUCCAUGGCCAUUUGGGUGGCAUGGACAGCCAUGUACCUCUACGGGAACCAACACGUGGGCAAGAAGCCCGGUUGGGAUGACCCCACGUUGGCCAUCGCUUUGGUGUCCAACGCCUACGCCUUCAUCCUCCUCUACGUCAUCCCCGAGGUGACGCACGUGACGCGGCGCAGUUCUGAGCAAGGCUACGAGGACGACGUGUACCCCACGCGUGGGGUGGGCUACGAGACCAUCCUGAAGGAGCAGAAGUCGCAGAGCAUGUUUGUCGAAAACAAAGCCUUCUCCAUGGAUGAGCCUUCCUUCGCCAAGAAGCCGGUGUCCCCGUACAGCGGCUACAAUGGGCAGCUGCUGACCAGCGUCUACCAGCCCACAGAGAUGGCUCUGAUGCACAAGGGGACGAGUGAAGGUCCUUAUGAUGUGAUCCUGCCCCGUGCCACCACCGCCAGCAGUGCCAGCUCCACACUGCGAGCUGAGGAUGCCUUUGCCGUGCAGGCCCGGCACGCUGCAGCACAGCGAGAUGCUCGGGGCAGCCAGGUGCUGUCCCCAUACAGCAGGAACCGGUGGUGAAGCCCAGCUCCUACAGCACUGGCGCAGCUGUGACCCUACCUUGCCUCCCUGCCUGGUGCAUCUGACCCUGUUGGAGCCAGUUCCUGAGCUGGGAACAUCUGGAUGCAGCCCUGCAGCCUGCACCAUGCUGCCUGGCUGUGGCACCGCAGGCUGCCUGCUCUGCCCAGCUCCCCACUGCCACCCCAUGCUGUCCCAACACUGCCUUCGCCAUGCAAGGACACCCUGUCUGCUCCAGGCUGGGGAUGUUUUGCUGCUGGACAGCCAGCAGCAGGGGGUGCCUGCCCAGGGCUGCACCUCGUGAACCUCACCAAGUGCUGAGCCCAGGCCAGGGCACUGCACCCCAAGCCAUCCCCAGUUCUCCCAACCCUCCUGCUGUGCCUCGCUCCCCCUGUCACUGGGGGACAUGGGGAUGCUCUGGGUUUCAGCUCCCGGUGGUCUCUCCCUGUGGCUCCGACCACCUGAUCUGUGCCUUGUCCCAGUCUCCGUGCCAGGGCUUGAGGAUCACAUUCAGGGCACUGGGAUGGAGCUGGGCCCCCUCCUUCCUCUGUUCUUCUCCCCUUUUUCAGGUCAGACCCAAUAAAGGUGAGUUUUCUUA